GGCGGGGCGGCUGUAACGAUGGCGGCCUUGACCGAUGUGCAGCGGCUCCAGGCCCGGGUGGAGGAGCUGGAACGCUGGGUAUACGGGCCAGGCACUUCGCGUGGCUCGCGGAAGGUUGCUGAUGGCCUGGUCAAGGUACAGGUAGCUUUGGGGAACAUUGCCAGCAAAAGAGAGAGGGUGAAGAUUCUAUACAAAAAGAUUGAAGACUUGAUCAAAUACCUGGACCCUGAGUACAUCGACCGCAUUGCCGUCCCGGAUGCCUCUAAGCUGCAGUUCAUCUUAGCAGAGGAGCAGUUCAUCCUUACGCAGGUGGCACUCUUGGAGCAGGUGGAGGCUUUGGUGCCCAUGCUGGACAGCACACACCUCAAAGCCGUUCCUGAGCACGCAGCCCGCCUGCAGCAACUGGCCCAGAUCCACAUCCAGCAGCAGGACCAGUGUGUGGAGCUCACUGAAGCAGCCAAGGCUCUCCUAGAGGAAUACAACAAGACUACAAUGCUUCUCUCCAAGCAGUUUGUGCAGUGGGACGAGCUCCUCUGCAAGCUGGAGGCUGCCAGGCAAGUGAAGCCAGCAGAAGAGUGAAAGCUGCUGCGACCCUAGCACAGGCCUGAGGCUUUCCGCAUUGAUUCCUGGCCCACCCAGCUAUACUCGUGGGAGUCUGAGGACUGGCAACUGGACAUUAGUCGUUACUGUUACGGUUCUCUGCUCCCCAUUCUGGUGUCUCAAUCCAGUGACAAUAAAUAUACAGAUCACUGGA